AUGGACAAUUUUACAUUUUUUUGGCUAAACUCUGAAUUUUCUGGAGGACUUAGACCAGAACAAGCUUCAGCACUGACAGGCCUGGUUGACAGGGCUGACACACGUACAAGAUCACCACUGUCUCAGAGGUUACCUGUGGGGGCACAGAGCCCCUUUAGCUCCCCCAGGGCGUCCCCUAUACCCUCCAGACGGUCGCCAUCACCUCGUAGGUUUGAUGUUGGUUUUGCAUCUGCAGUAGAUAAUAUCUGUGAGCAAGCUCACACUAUUGCAGACCAGGAUAGACAAAAGAGAUAUGGUAUGAAAACACCUAGACGUGGAUCAACCAGUCUUGUUCAACACUCCAGGUCCCCUUCACCCUCAAUAACAGCUGACAGCCCGCCAAUGUCAAACAGAGCACACCGGCGUCUACCAAUGGCACCGUCCUCGAACUUUCCCAGGUCAAGUGCAUCAGACACACGUGUUCCUAAACUCAACAUCCCAGUUUCAGCCACAUCUUCCGUUGCUGCUGCAUCGCCCCUUCCUAAGCAUCAACGCCAUGCCCCUCCGCCAGGGAGGCUAGGCAGAUCUGAGCCAUAUAGUCCUACAGAAAGAAACAAUUUGAAUAAAAGUUCUGACCCUUCAAGGUCUAGCACACUCCCAGGUGAUCACAGAACUAGUAGUUACCCCCGUGAUGAUUCAAACUGGGGUUCUAACAAAAGGGGUAGAGAUUCUCGGUCCCUUCCUAAGCCUUCUCCUAGACAGUCAUCCAGGUCACCUGACCCGCAAGCUGCUGAGAGAGAUAGACAAGACCACAGAUUUAUGGCAGCCAGCCAACAAGAGGGGAGCCGUACAAGAGGGAGCAGAUCAAGGGGAGGAAUUUUACCAAACGGUUUCAAACAAAAGGGACGUAAGCCAGACAAAUAUGAAAUGCGGAGCGACAGUCAGACAGCGCUUCAAGAAGAUUCAGAUGAGGAUUGGUGUUGAUACAUGUGGAUAAUUAAACCUUUUUCCCAACCCUUCUUGACCAUCAUGCUCUAUACAACACCAAAUAGUUUUUGUGAGAUUGAGUCCUUGUAUCUUGCAGCACAAGUUCCUAUAAAUAUACUUUAUUUGUUUCUUACUUUUACUAUCAAACUGCACAAUUUUUUAAAAAAUACCGUUUAUUGAUGUUGCUUUUGAAUUUAGUUUAAAUAUUUUACUGAUGCAUUACACUUUGCUAUUUUUAGUUAUUUUUACUUAUACAAACUAGCCAAAGUGAAUAGUGAAUGAAUAUUCUUUUAUGUGAACUCCUGUUCAGUCUAUUGGCUGUCCUGCCUUUAGUCUGUUCUGCAUGUGAGCUGCUUGCCUCAGGGCUGUCAUGUACAGUUGCCCAUGCUUCAACAAUAGUAUUCAUGUUACUGAUUCAACUUGUUUUUAAAUAUAAACAAAGUCUAACUGCCAUGAAUUUAGCAGGCUACUCUAAUAGCCUUUGUAGUCUUACUCAUUAAAUGUUUUUUAGUUAAAAAAAUAUUGUGAUUUGUAUGUAUUUAACUAAAUUUAUUGUGGAAUAAGAGUGGAUUGUUUUGUGAUAAAGAUAUAUGUUUAUUUUGUUACUCGAGGUUUUUAAUAAUUUUGGAAUAAGAUACAGCUUACUUAACAAAGUCUAUAAUUAUUUUUAAACUAUUCUAAAAAGUAUUUGAUAUGAACUUGAAAUUCAUUAAUAGGUAGCUAAAUUGUUAAUCUUUAUAAAAAUAUUUGGGUUUUGUUUUUAAAACGAGGUGUCAUAAAUAUUAUUCUAGUUAUUGUGUAGUUAGGUUUAUUAAAAUGAAUAUUUAUAAUGUCUAUUUGUAGAACAAAGCAUUUGAAUCUAUAAAUAAAUUAUAUGAAAUUCAUUUUAACAACUUAUUCUGAUGAUUUGAUAUGCAUUACAUUAAAGAGAGUUUGACUAAACUAGGCCAACUGUUUUUUAAAAAAAUGAUAUUUGUUACAUUUUUUAUUAUUAAUUUUUAAUUAUACUCUAGCCAGGUGUUUGGAUCUAAACUGAAAGCUAAGCAAAAAAAACACGUUCAGACACAUUUUAAAAAAAACAACUUCAAGGUAAUUUCGAAAACAUGUAAUUAAGAAUAAAUUAGCAUACUUGAGCUAACAUCACCGUUAUUAAAAUGUAAUCUGUUUCAUAUUGUCUUUUGUGCUAAAAUGUAAACCUCUUGUCUUUAAUGUUUCAUUUAAGACAAUGAAAGCAUACCAUUUAAUUUCCAUAACUGCAAUAUUAAUAACUGUACAUAAUACCCUUCCAAUUCUUGUGAUAAUUAUUUCAUUCACUUAGAUGUAACCAACAUGUUUAUUUUUAAUUAUCCCCCUUUUAUCUUGUGAUUGAUUUUUUUUUAUUUUUAAAAAAUAACUUGCAUUUGUCCUGAAUGUCUGUUGUUAGUAAACUGUGUAAAAAAAACAUCUUUUUAAAAAGCUGUAUUUUUUGCAUUGUAUAGAAUUUCUUUUUAAAUGAAAUAAUUUUAAUACAUGAUAAAUUUCAUAAAUUGAUAUGCACAAAUGAGUAAACUAAUAAAAACAGUUAUUGUCAGCAAGUUCAUUAUUUCCUUUUACAAAAUUUGAAUCUUUUUUUUGUAAAUUCCAAUUCUCAUUUAAAAAUGUAUCCCCUUUUGUCACAACUAAUCCCAUUUUAAUAUUCCAUUUCUAGUAACAUGUUUUGUUCAGAUAUGAUUACUACAAAAAUAGCUGUGUACAUUUCCUAUACCUAUCAUUAUAUAUGUAUGAAUUGGGUGUACUACAUCCAGAUCAGGCUGUAGCAUUGUCUUGAAACAUGUUUCACUUAGAGCAUUUAAAAAUUUAGGGAUUUUUCAUUAGGAAGAUUAACAUAAAUGUUAUAAAACAAUUCAGAGAUUAUACCUUAGAGAUAUAAUCUGUAUGAUAUCAUCAUUUUAUAUUCAAUGUAUUUUCUUAAAUUUAUUAUAGGCUAAUAUCCGAUAUUACUGGCAGUUUAUAUAAAUACUAUUGUUUAUAGAUACAGUCUUAAUGGUUUGAAAUUAAAGGUAGUUCAUAACUAGUGUUUUCAACAUAUAGAACUGUAAUGAUAAGUAGAUGUAUGAUAGGUCUGAUGAUGGCUUGUAAGCAAAAUGCUGAAAGGUUGAUUGCUUGAAAACUAACAAGUUUGAAUGUUGAUUGCUUGAAAUACAAAAAAAAGCCCAAAUACACUUAUAAGACUAAACAGGAUCUGAGGUAAGUGAGACUAGCUGUCAAUUAUAGCCGAUUUUUUAAAAACUGGCUCUUUUCAAGGUAUUGCUGAUCAAACCCUACCAGACCAUAAAGAUCAUAUCCUUAAAAUAUUUAUAAAUCUAGAUAAAAUUAAUUCAGGUUGGUGUGUGCAUUCUGUGUCAUGUGUUUUGCUGUAGUAAAUGUUUGAUUGCUUUGUAUGUGAAGUUAUAAAAUGUGGGGUUGAAGUCGUCUGUUAAAUGGGUUAACUUGCAUGAAUGGCCAGGUCUGUUGUAGAAUCUGAUCUACACCUCACUGGUUUGCAUGUUGUCAGCAUCUUCUUCUCAUUUACCAUCUUUUUUUUCUGAUUCAUAAUUUAAAAUGGACCUUGUUUGUUGCUUGUUAAAAAUAUACAAUAAAACAAAAGAUAAUUAACUCUUUGAACUAAAAACAUUUUUUACAUCGAUUUUUAUUUAUCUAACAUACUAACUAUAUAACUUCUUAUCUCAUAUUUUUUACUAUUGAUAUAACUGUUUCUGUGUCAUCAAAUAUUUCUUUUGAUUCAUAUUUUAUUGGUGUUUUUUUGUUAUAAAUUGUACUAUAAAUUUUAUGUGUUUUUUGUUAUUACAAAUGUGUGAUAAUAAAUGUGUAUUGUUUUAUUCAAUACAAGUAGAUAGACUUGUAAUUUUGAUUAGGUGUUUUUUUACUUGGGCAAUUGUGCACAAAUUCAUUGGAAAUUUUUUAUUCCAAAUUAUCUUUACAAAGUUGCAACUUAGUCUUUACUUUAAAUUCCAGAACUUUACAGCUGUUUCUAAGCAUUUUAACAAGAUUGCUAGAUGUAAGCUUUUAAAUGUUGUAUAGCUUUAAUAGAAAAGUGUAAUUAAGUAAACUUUUUAAUUUUAUGCUUUCUUUCUUAAAUAUUAUUUUUAAACUUUUCUUUUAGUAAUUAAACAUAAAAUUAAAAUGAUAUAGUCUUGAAUUUGAAAAAUUCUGAAUUUAAAGAAUUGUAGUACACCUUCCUAGACAUAAGCUUUAUCAUGAUAGUUCAUUAAAUUUUCAAUUUAAAAAGUCAGUUUAUGUAAAGUAAUCUUUAAAAAUUGAAAUGGCUAUUCACUUUUUUAAAAAUGUCCUACACUUUUAAAUUAACUCAACAAAUACAAAAGGUUAAAUAACUUUUUUGCAUGUAAAAAUAAAUGGAAAAAAUCUUUAAAAAUAUUUCUUUAUUAAACUUGACAUAAUAAAUGCAAAUUGAUAUUACAGCUUUACUCACACACAUUGUAUGUCUUCAUGGCUGGCCAUGCAUACAUUGAAAAUCCGGGUUUUAAAUAUUUUUUUAAAAGUAGCAAUGUUGAUAUAGAUAUUUGCAAUCAAAUGGCAAAGGUCUGUGAUGCUCAGUGAGUGAGAUUUCCGUGAUUUUGAUCUAUUAGUUCUUUGAAAUCUUUAUUUAUUUCUGUAAUUGACAACAUUCUGUGAUUCUGAUACCGUUGAACUUAUUAUGUAAAACUAAUUUAUUUUACAAGUUUUAACCACCUUUCAAACAAAUUAUUUUGUAGAUAAUUUUAAUUUUUCUCUUUCUCUAUAUGGGCAUAACCAUCUAAGUAAUGUUCAUAAGCCAGCCAUUCUACAACAGGAUGAAGAGUUUUGACGUUCUUACAUUCAUGCUGCUGUUUAUUUAUUGGGUGUUCACUAGCUUUAAAGCUUUAACAUGUAGUGCACUUUAUUUAUAAUUUUUUUUUCCAUUGUGAUUUGAUUACCUCAAAAAUUCUGUUUUGAAAAUACAUGAGCAUAAAAAUGAGUUGUUUUGAUAUUUUAAAAAUUAAUGAACUUUUCCUUUGUUCCUAGUGCCUUUUGUUUUACUUGUUGCUCAGUGCAAAAAAAUGGCAUACUAGUAUUUAAUUAAUUACAUAGGUUUCUAAACUUGUUUUGUUCAUGAACGCUGUGCAUAAAACAGUUAUGUAAAUUAAAUACUGAAAACAUACUUCCAAACUGAUAAGUUAUGUUUAUUUAAUGUUCUUGCCUUGCUUUUUUUAUGAUUUUCUCCCUUGUCAAGAGUUGUCUCUUCAGCUGUGGACCAAUGGCUCAAUCUGUUUGAAAUGUUUUCUUGGAAGUAAUUGUUUUCUUACUAUUUCUCAUUCUACAAUUUUUUGUGAUUUGACGUUUUUAAUUUUCCUUUCGUUAUAAACAAUUUUAUUUAUUCAUGAGAUUAAAGAUAUGAUCUCUUCUAAAUAGUAUUUGUGUCUUUUUAUAGAUGUUUCAGACCUAUAACAACCAACAUAUAAAAACUUUUUUUUUUCCUUCACCUAACAUGUAAUUUGGCCGUAGUCAUUAAAUUAUAAUAUUUAGUGGGUCAUUCUUUUUUUUUUAUAUUUAGAAAAAUUAUUAAUUUUUUAUAACUUACAAAUAUUUUUUCUUGCACAAUAUCUGUGUUGUGGACAUUUGACACAUUGGUAAAUUCUGAAAUAAUUUUUCUGCUCUCUAUGUGGAACCUCAGCUCAGUCAAACAAGUGCUUGUUGUUCUUUUUUUACAUUUUUUUUCACAUAUAAUAGUAAUAGUUCUUAACUGUAAAAGAAAAGCAACAGAAAUGAUACUCAAUUUACAUCAUACUCAUUUCACUUUUGUUAUGAAGCCAAAAUCAUGUAUAAUGUGACAGCAUUUUCUCUUUUUUUAAAAUAAACCAAUGUGCCAGUAUGCAUGAUAAUUUUGUCUUUAACGUUGCAAAUUACCGCAAUUGAAAUACUGUAAAUAUUUCAGGAUCUACAUUAACUACAUUACUUUCUAUGGCGUGACUCAGUAUUUUUUUCUUGGGAGUGAAAGUUUUUUUUAAUCAUCUACCACCUUAAGAACUCCUAGUUUUUACAAGCUUUUAUUUAACUCACUUCCUCUGUCGUCAGUCUAGAUCAAAACGCAGGAGUGAAAAUUCGGACACUUCUACUUGACCAAUACGAUUCACAUUUGACACGUGGGUCAAGACAUGAAGACAAUGCAAUCUGAAAUUAAAUUAGACUUAAUUGGAUGCCUAAUUAAUUUUUAUGAAUUAAUUAAAAUUUGGACAGAAUUAGUAGGCAUGUCUAUCCAACCACACCACAUGCGUCAUCACGUUCAAUAGCUGCG